AAUCAAUCACUUUGUCUUUACCGAAGGCUUCGUGGUCACUAUUAUUGAAGAUAUGCCUUGCUGUGCAGAGGAGUCUCGCUGGCUGGAGAGAUGGCGGAUGUCAGCAAUAUUGGAUCAGCCAUUGGCAAACUCGAGGCCGACACUCAACGCGCGAGAGCUGAAGGUCUUGAAGACCUGAAACGUCUUCUCGGGCAGGAGCGACUGGCAUCCAGACUUGCUAAUAUUGAAGACGAUGAUAAAGAUGAUGUCUUUCACAAAAUCUUCGAGUCGAUCUACAAAAUUGUGGCCAGAGAGAAACCAGCAUUCAUUCGCGCCGCCAAGCCAACAACAAAGAAUAAUGCCGCGUCCCGUUUGGAAGUCGCUGCUGCGGCCUUCCGGGUCACCGUCGAGGCAGGAACAUCCGAAGUCUCUUUCAAAACUGCCUUGUCAGUGUUAGAUCACAUAAUCGACACUUUAUUCUUGUCAGACGGAUCUUUCUGCCAGCCUCUCAAGAGUGACUACCUAAAGAGCUUCCGGACUGUGUUGGAAUAUGCCCCACAUGCAGAACAUCUGCGGCGCAAGCAGUGGCAGGGCUAUGUCGAUUUCACCGUAGAAGCACUUUCCUUGGGCCUCGAGGACGAGUCGGCAGGUGAUGGCCUCGCAUCCAGUCGCGAUACCAGCAUGGCUUCGAGAUCUGGGCAGCCACUAUCCAGUCGCCUCAGUCAACGAAGCAACAGAAGCACCGGAAGAGAGACUGUCUCACAUGCUGAGGAUCUUGCAGCCGCGUUGAGGAGCCUUACUUCCGUGACCAGUGCUCCGAUCAUGUCACGUUCAGUAGCUAUCGCUGAGACAAUCCUAGCUCUGUUGAAGUCUGUCACCAGAGCUCAAGAGGCGGCUUUUGAAGUCUUGAACAACACCCUUUUCGUAUCGCUGACCGAGGAUGUUGCAUUCACACAAAAAACGUUGUCUGACCUGAUACCAAUCAUGCGGAGAUUAUGGUCGAGCAGGUCGAGCUUACUUCGGGAACAAAUGCUCGUCACUUUAUACACUUGCCGGUACUUCUUCCUCUCUACAGGCGAUCCCUGGCUUCCAAUUGAGCCCCACCAUCGCCAAUCUCUGUUAAACACAAUUUUAUCAGAAUAUCGAACCAAGAAUGAAAGGGAGAUCCUCCAUUUUGAUGACAUGCGGCCGCUCCGAGGAGAAUGCAACCAGUCUCUGCAGCUCAAGCAAUUCAUACCUGUUCGAGACUCGGCUAGAGCUCUAUCAGGUUUUAUGACCCUGUCGAUUGUCUCAUGUCUCGUUAUGGGAUUAAGUCAGCAGAGUCAAUCUACACAUACGCGGUCUUCUGACCCGAAAGAAGAAACGCCUCGAAAACGACAAAAGGUUCAAAAUGUCUUUGACGAAACUUUGCAGAGUGCAACACUUGGGACAGGACAGGAGAAACUGGUCUCGCUACAAGUCCUCCUCUUCCUCCUUGAUCAGCCCCAACCUCCAAAGGACGAACAACUCAGCGAAUUUUCAAGUCUGAUGCCCGCUUUGAGCCAUAAAAACGGCAAUGUGCAGUCGUGGGCUUUCCUGGUGUUCUCGCAACUGUUACUCCAAACACACUCUGCCGUUAAAGGCAUGCUUAUCGACUGGGUGCAGGUCCGUGAUGCCGCUCAGGCAGCACUAUCCACCCCCACCGCAGUCAGAGCGGCGUGCCACUUGUUGACUGUCAUCCUCGAGACACGAGUGCUUGGAUCGGCAAUGACUGCUGCCUCGCUCGAUAAGGCUGUAUUCGGGGGCCCGAACAGCGGACCGUGUGCUUUCAUGGAUACCGCUUUGAUUUUUCUGACGGCUUCUUUACGGUCUGGUCUAUUCGAUGAUGAUAAGCGCUUCGAGGCUUUCAGUCUCAAGGUCAUCAGCUGGCUAACACUUCGUUGGACUCUUCCAUCUACACUCGAUCGUCUUUACAAUGCACAUAUCGCUUUCCACGGCCGGGCUGAGCUCUUGUAUACCCUGCUGGCCUCAAUUUGUGGAGCUUGGGACGCUAUCACGCUUCGAGAGGACUGGUCACCUGCACACGCUCUGUGGAGAGCGUCAUCAAUGACUGCGGAGAACCUUGAUUUCCUGCGCUAUCUGCUCUGCAUGCCGCAUCAGGAGGUUGAGCCUGGCCUUCCAGCCAAGUGUGACGCCCAGCAGAUUGAUCCCAUCACUGCUUCACGUUUAGCCCGAGCUGUCUUGAGCUUCAUCAAUCGCCGCUUGACAGACUUUAUGCAAUCCUGGAACACUAUUUCCGCGGAGAGAAGCUCGAAUAUUACGAAUGAUAUUGUAAUGAUCGUUGGGGUGGCGUCCACAGUGGCGUCCGGCGUAUGGACCCGAUGCGGCAAACUCGUUCACGACUCUCACCCUGAAACGGCUUCUUCCGAGAGCCGCAAUAUGGUCGAAGCCUUCGUAAGCGAACAGAGUGACGACUCCUUCAAAAUCACCGUCGCUCGAAUUUGCGGUUCGGUUCUGCACUUAUACGAUCAGAUUCUCAUGGCCCAGGAAGAGGUCAUUCCUGCAACAUAUGCGCCUUGCAUAGAGUCAGCAUUGAGGCUAAGUAGACUGCUUUCCGCUCAGCACACGACAACUCACAACGCGAAGGACCAGUCGGAUUUCGACUUCAUGGAUGUGGAUCUGUGGGACUCUCAGACUAACCAGAGAAGUCAACUUGGAACAUCUCCUCACGCUAUGAGGCUCGACCUACCACUUUGCCCCGAUGUGUCAACACUGCUGGCAAGAAAGAAGCUGGAGCUGACUACAGCCUUGCAAGUCGUCAAAUCUGAUCGUACCCUGGACCCGGCAACAGCUUCGACGGUUGUGGAUGAGAUUCUCUCAUUGGACUCGUACUCACUACUUGCUGCACGAGGGGCGGUACGAGACUUCCUACGUCUCAACCCUGGCAUUACCCGCGCCGAUGCAUAUCGGCUACUUAGCGACAUCGGCGAAAAGUAUCUGCAGGAAUACGAUUUCGAAAGGUCUGAGUCCGCUCUAGAUUUCUGCCUGACUACCAUGCACGGGCUUGCAAGACUGUGGGCGUCUCCGGAAGAGGAUGACAAGCUGUCGGAGAGGGCAUUGGACAUCUACGAUUGGUUUCUCAAUACUGCUCUCGGCAAACAUAUUGCCAGCCCCAAAGUACUCUCCGUCAUGACAGAUCUACUGGAUCUACUGUUGAGGGAGAACGCAUCAUUUGGUGGCGAAGAGCUACCGUCGCCCAGAACGAGCCUGUUACAAAUUCUCAAUGUCAGUAAUGCGGCGAACAAAUAUGCGGUAGCAGAGAUAUUGGCCCACAUUUUUGAGAAAUACAUUCUGAGUCAGCACGAUGCAAUCUUCGACGACAUUAUUGAGAAUCUGCCAGCAGAUCCUGACAGCAAGGAGGGCAUCGCUGUACGUCUUCACGUCGUUGCGACUCUUGGGGCUCGAUGGCAUACUGUCCUGCGACAGGCGACUUACCAUCUAUUUGAGACGGUCGCGAACGUACCGUCAACGACGCCCUUAGCCACUAUGUGCGUCGCAGAAACUUGUAAGAGGCUUGGGCUCAAACAACCAAGGGAGUUAUUCCGUCUGUUCGCGCCACAAAUAUUCUACACUUGGCUCGCCAGUGGGACCUUGGCCAAGAUUCCGUGUCUUCCUUUUGGCUACAGCUCGCUGAAAGAGCUGGCUUUGGAUAAUUUAGCAGAGCUCGUAGGCCAGAUCGCACUUCGAGGCUCCAGUCACGCCGAGGAGCUUGCCAAACUGGUAGAGCAAGAAUGGAAGUCCCUACUGACGGACCAAUUCUCUCACGCUGAAGCCUAUACACUUUCAUCCGAAACUAGUGUGCCUAAGCAAGAGCGCCUGCACGAUGGAUCAGAGAAAUUGAUACGGAAACAACUUGGGUCCGAUGCCUAUCUACGGCUUUUGCGCAACAACCUUCCAGACAUCAUCGCUCGCCUCAUCAUAUGCCUGCAAGACGACCGAGGCAUCGACAAAGCGUUUGAGAAGAAUGACCAGAUACCAGCCCUGCAAGCUUGGCAAGAAAUGUCCACCAAAUCGAAUACAAAUACACAGCUUCCACUGUCGCAGCAGCCCUCGUUCCGCGCAAGAUGCCUCCUCGACGAAUUGAAUUACUUGUAUCAACGUCUCGACACGCAGCCAAGCCAAGUGUGGACUUCGGCGAUGCUGAUCCACGUCUACAGGCAGCUUCUUGAUUUGGCAAACCCAGUACUAGGGUCAUUGCAUAUUUGCAGCAUUGUACGGAAGAUCCGCAUUGCAGUCAGUCUGGCCAGCUCCGUAGCUCUAGAAGGAUACCCCUUGGAGAUGGUUCUGCACAAUCUACGUCCUUAUCUGACUCUUUUUGACUGUGCCGAAGAUACGAUGGGUAUCUACCGGUACCUGCUCGUGCAUGGAAAACGUUAUCUCAGCGCCAACCUCUCGUUCAUCGCAGGCUUAGGAGUGGCUAUUUUUACCUCCCUCGUCGGCUUCAUCAAAUCUUCGCAAAACAGCACGACGCAGGAGGUCCAUUUUGUGGCUACAAUGAGCAAAGCACAAGAGUUUAAGAGUUUCCUCGGUCAAUAUCUGGAGUCAAUAGAUCUUGCAGAUGAGACAGAGGAAAUAAGGGGGACUUUCCGAUCUCUGGUACAGCAUGCGAGAGCUAUCGCAUCACCAGGGAAUAGCUCCAAGAGUUCUAGCGAGGGAUGCCUGCUGUAUGUCCUUCUCUCAGAUCGGAACACAGAAGCUCCGCUCCUGACCGACUUGCACUUUGAUCUUGCUAUCGGCAUCUUGUGUGAGAAUUUCUCACCGGCACCAGAGGCUUCAGAUGACAUUCUUGGAGACGACGGCGAUGCAAAACAAUUUUCUCCUAUCUUGAAGACGAUUCUUCGAAGACUCGAGCUGAAUCAAUCAUUCCGCAUUUGGGCUGCUGAGGUCAUCGGCCGAGGGCACAUUAUGCAAGGCUUAAUGUUCAAUACCAGGAGCGAGAAGUCGAGAGACUACCCUUCAGACACCACUUCGGUUGAGCAAGACCAGGAUGCCAUACAUUCAUAUACUAGCAUCGUGGAAUAUCUUCAGGACUUGGUCUGGAGAUCUGACUUUUCUGCAUCGACUUUUGCUGAAAGAACCCUGCAACUGAUGUUCAGUGGUCUUUCGGAAAAAGACCAAGAUGUGGUUCUUCAACCAAAAGUGGACAGGGUCUUUAUUGGGCAACUCAAGUUCAAGCGGUUCCCUUGUCCCACCAUUGCGUAUCUUCCAUUCUCCGACAACAGCGCAGCAUAUCAGCCCCAAGCUCACGAAUCUUCCUGUCGCCCUCAUGAGGCCUGGGCCACAAAGAUCAUCGGAGAAAUAUGUGAAGCGGCUGCGCGCGAUCCUGUGCUGGGAUUCCUGAGGCCUCUGACACAUGCGCUUCCGGCAUCAGCAGAUAUACUGCUGCCUUAUGCAGCUCACCUCAUUCUGCUAAAUGAGGCCAAUGCUCAGCCCACUUUCAAGGAGAAACUCUCGCAGGAGUUUGCGAAACUUCUUCUUCCGGAAGGAAAAUCAAACCAGAAAGCUCGACAAUUGGCACUCAAAGUCCUUCUGUAUCUGCAGCGAUGCCGAUAUCCCAAUGAACCUAAUUUGAGUUCACGCUACUCGUGGCUCGAUGUUGACUUCGGUGAAGCUGCUGUCGCAGCAGCUGACUGCCAGAUGUGGCACGAAGCGCUCCUCCUCUUAGAGCUGCAGCAAUCGCAGAGUCAGCUUCAAGCUGGACGCUCUUCUCGGCGAUCCUUUGCCAUGAGUAAUGCCGUGCCAAGCGAGGUCGUCUCAAAAAUCUACGAGAACGUGGAUGACCCUGAUUUCUUCUAUGGAAAGCAGGAAGAUUUUGAUCUCGCCGCAGUCAUUGGCAAAAUGAGCCAUGAAGGAGCAAGUCAGAAAUCUUUGUCCUUUCACAGCGCCAUGCUUGACUCCCAGAUCAAGUUGCACAGCCAGGGCCAGUCGUUGGCGGUGGUCGCCCAAAUGACUGCGUCGACGCUGAGUGCGGCCAACAUGCAAGGAAUAUCCGAGGCCGUGAGGCAGCACUACGAUACUGUUAGCAGCAUAGCAUUGGGUCAAAACGAGUCUGGCGUGCGGCCUGGUGAGUUUUGGGAUGUGCAACCCGCAGAAGACCGGAUGAUAUCUUCCAAAAGCAUGAGUUUCUUCCUCCGUGACUUGCAUAUAACCUCCAACAAAGAGAGCGUAAUUCUCGAAAUGGAUCGCGCGUUGCUCUCGCAUGUUGAUGAUAUCAAGUCCCAUGGCUCUGACAAAAGUCGAACUAGCAAUGUUUUGUCCCAAUUAGCCGCCUUUGCGGAGGUAAAACAGAUCUUGAAGUCGAAGCGACCGGAAGAGUUGGAGGUUGUAUGGGCAGCAAUUGAAGCAAGAGACGACAAGGUCAAGCUGGCAGAAUUCGAAAGAUUGUCGCCGAUUCUUGUCGGCAGAGAAGCCGCGUUCGCCGCUAUACGUCGGAACCCCAACAUGCAGACUACCUUCUCCCUGGGCUCGAAACAGGCACUUCUUAAUGAAAUCCGAGCUGCGAGGCGUUCCCUCAUGAUGGCGUCGAACUUUGACGCGCACCAAUUCUGUCUGAAUCGGACCUUGUACCUAUCAGAGUUGAAUCAGCUGGCCCUGCAGUCUGAAGUGAAGGUUGAUGUCGCCAUUCAGUACGAUCUUGCGAGGACGUUGUGGUCGCAGGAUGAGACUUCAACCUCCAUUGGUAUCCUACAGAAGUUGAAGGAUCGAAACGACGCUGCCAAACAAGCCAUAGCGAUCACCAGAGCAGACAUCUUGACCGACCUCGGACAUAAAAUUGCCGAGGCACGCCUUGAGAAACCGGAUGAAAUCAUAUCACGGUAUCUUGCGCCGUCCUUCAAGGAAUUACAUGGUCGUGGGACUGGCUCAGAGGCCGGCAGAGUGUACCACAACUUCGCUGCCUUCUGUGACACGCAACUUCAGGACACCGACAACUUGGAUGACUUCACUCGAAUUAGCAAGAUCAGAGAUCGUAAGUUCCAGGAAGUCCACGACCUAGAACAAAUGUACAAGAACAGUCCAGAUGAGAAGCAGAAGAAACAGUUGGGGACACAUUUACAACGAGCGAAAACCUGGUUCAAGAUCGACGAGGAAGAAUGGCAACGUGUGCAGAAGAACCGAGAGGAACUCAUUUUGAAUUGUUUGGAGAACUAUCUCCUUUCGAUGAGAGCAUCCAAUGAGUAUUCCAACGACACUCUUCGAUUUUUGGCCCUGUGGCUCAAUCAGGCCGAGAGCUCCAAGGCCAACGAGGUUGUUGGCAGGCACUUGGCCACGGUGCCGACUAUCAAAUUCGCCCCGCUCGUCAACCAGCUAUCCUCACGGCUGUUGGAUGUCAAAGACAGCUUCCAGAAGCUUCUCAUGGACCUGAUGUUCAGGAUCUGCUCGGAUCAUCCAUAUCACAGUUUGUACCAGCUCUUCGCAGCCAGCAAGAGCAAGGGCAUGAAACAAGAUGAGAUCGCUGUCUCUCGUAACCUUGCAGCAGUCCGACUGUCUGAGAUGGUCAACAAGAAAAGUGUUUCGGCCGCCAUCUGGGUUGCCCUCCAUAAUUCUUGCAUCCAAUAUCACCGAGUUGCCACAGACAGACUGUCUGACAAGGAGCUAAAGACAGGUUCAAAGAUUCCAUUGCGAAAGCUCCCGUCAGGUCAGAAGCUGGAGAACGUCUUGUCCGACGCUCACACGAGAAUCGCUCCUCCAACGCUGAACAUACCUCUUCGCCCUGAUCGUGACUACUCACAAGUGCCUACCUUCGCCAAAUUCGAGCCCAUGAUUUCUAUUGCAGGAGGAGUGUCAGCACCCAAAAUCAUAACGGUGAUUGCAUCGGAUGGCUCCCGACACAAGAUGUUACUGAAAGGUGGUAACGACGAUCUACGUCAAGAUGCCAUCAUGGAGCAAGUCUUCCAGCAGGUUUCAGAGUUGCUGAAAGACCAUCGUGCUACCCGACAGCGCAACCUGGGCAUUCGGACCUACAAAGUCAUUCCACUGACGACGAAUACCGGCAUCAUCGAAUUUGUGAAGGACACCAUUCCUCUGCAUGAAUAUCUUCUCCCUGCUCAUGCGCGAUAUUUCCCGAAAGACUAUAAACAGAUGAAAUGUAGGAAGGAAAUUGCAGACGCGCAGACCAAACCACUCGAGCAACGCAUCCGUGCCUACCGAAAUGUCGCGGCCAACUUCCAUCCUGUCAUGCGAUUCUUCUUCAUGGAGAAUUUCCCCGACCCAGACGAUUGGUUCUACAAGCGGCUCAACUACAGCCGCUCUACAGCUACUAUCAGCAUCCUUGGCCACGUCCUCGGCCUCGGCGACCGACAUGGCCACAAUAUCCUUCUCGACGAGAAUUCUGGGGAAGUUGUUCAUAUCGACCUGGGCGUGGCUUUCGAAGCAGGCCGGGUCUUGCCCAUCCCUGAGGUCGUCCCCUUCCGCCUGACACGUGAUCUCGUUGACGGCAUGGGCCUGACCGGCGUUGAAGGUGUGUUCCGACGAUGCUGCAAUUUCACGCUUGAAGCUCUGCGCCGUGAGCAGGAAGCUAUCAUGACACUCCUGGACGUUCUCCGGUACGACCCGCUGCAUUCAUGGUCUAUUUCGCCGCUACGAUUGCAGAAGAUGCAGGAAAACAAUGAGCAGGCUGAAGCUGCGGCGGGUGCUUCUGUUGUUGCGGGUGUUGGUGUCGCCGUGGUGCCGAAUGACAUGGCUACCAGGAGGGAUGCAAAUGAGCCGAGUGAGGCAGAUCGGGCAUUGACGAUCGUUGCCAAGAAGCUCGGAAAGGCAUUGAGUGUGGAAGCUACUGUCAACGAAUUGAUUCGGCAAGCGACGGAUGAGAGAAAUCUGGCGGUGUUGUACUGUGGUUGGGCGGCAUAUGUAUGAUGGAUUCUCGGAGCAUGGAUGCAGUGAAUGCCUGUACAGGAAGGGACGUUAAGGUCCAUGUUUCUCAACUAAAUUCUAAGAAUGAGUUGGAUCGGAUUAGCAAGCGGGCGUUUAUAGGGGAUAAUAUAUAGAUGUGGACAGAUUCUAGGAUCGGAGACUUCGACUUCCACGUCUGCACAAACUC